CGCGUGCACACGGUGCAUCGCAGUUGUACGGCUGGAUACGCGCGACGCUGUGUAAAUGGUGUGUACACGUGCGACGCUGCGGCCAGGCUCGAUGAAUUGAUCGCGCGAGGUGCGCGGAUUCCCCCUGGAGCCUCCGGGAGGUCGAAGGAACGUCGCCGCGUCCGCGUCCGCGUCCUCCGAGGACGAUCUCGGGGUAUCGGGUAUCGCGAGGGGUUGCUCGUCGGAGCACGGUUCCGGCCUCGCCGAGAGGGCGAGGAAUCGUCAACGGAGGCGGUUGACUCGCGAUUGCUCGGGAUGACGUGUUCGCGGAGGCGCGAUCGCCGGGGGAGUGCGGUCGUCUGAUCGUCGCCAAGUGCAACGAGGAGUAUCGCGUGCUCCCGCGGGGGAGUUCCCCGUGGCAAGAGAGCUCCGCUGAGAGAGGAGAGCGAGACCGCGUUCGGAUUGCGCGAGAUGCGCAAGAGUUUACGCCGAGUUAUUCAUUUCAGCGUGACCGAGAGGGAUUAAUCGCACCGUCGGCGAAUAAUAUCGGGUUGCACGGCGGACGCUCCGAACGAGGAACGGAGAGAUUGCAGCGUCGGCGCGGAGUGACUAAUGUUUUAAUUUUACGCCGAGUCGGGGGUUCGACGCGUGUGAUUAGCAGAGACCGAAUAUGUUUUCGUUAUCAAUCAUGCCGUGAGUUAGUGAGCGACGAGAGUUCAGCCAUCUCGAGGGGGUGGAAGAGCGGAACGGUGGCUGCGGAGGAUCGCCCCGUGCGUUGCCAGAGACGACCGACGGCUCUGAACUCGAACGCGAAUCGAGGCAACGCGGUUAGGUGCCGUUUAAAGAGAGAAGUGGCCCCCCCGAGCUGUCGUAUCUUCGACGUGAGUCACACUAUUGCACGGUUCUUUGAUUAAUGAGGUGAGAAUACGGACGGCUCCGCAGGCGUCGACGGCAAUGGACGAGUUUGAGAGUGCGAGCGGUUUCAUUCAGACGCGAACGUUUGCGAAAAAGAACGGAAAUUCUAAUUGACAAUCAACGUGUUCGGUGCGUUUUGGUGUGUUUCGCUGGAACGGAGGAGUUAAAUAGAAGCAGCUUGUCGACAUAAGCUUCGGGAAGUAGAUAAAAGUCGGAACGUAAAGAGAUACACCUCGCACCCAUUUCAACGGCUUCAGUUGACUGAAGUGGAACAGAAUGAAGUAAAAAAAGGAGAGAUAAUUUGACUGCUAAUGAUGUAACGUAGCGAUUUUAUCGGAGCUGUUCGUGCGCGAGUUAAAUGGUCAAAAUGCACGGCGAAGUUAAAGUAAGGAGUAAAUGAGGGACCCCCUUCGAACUGGAAUUUUGAGACAGGUCUGAAAACUUUCGCGGCUAAUGGAAGAUUGCCACUUGACUGGGCAAUAAUAAACCGUGACUAGUGCAAUAAUAACUAUAUAACAAGUCGCUUCAUGAUAUUUCUCGCGAACGUAAGGCAGGACACGUGCGUCGCAAUUGCCGCGACGUUUAAAUGUACGAUGAGAGAUUAGAAUCGCUAGCAGCCGCGACUAAAGUAAUUCAAUCAACGAUCGACGAUUUGUCUCGGCGGAUCGACGGGCCUGAAAAUCGCGCGGCGAGGAAAUGGCGAGGACAUUCGAGGCGUCGCUAGAAAUGUGUCAAGCACCGUCGGCUUGAUAAGAGUGCCGCGUCUCCAGGGAAGUCGAGCGAAACCGGAGGGAGGCUGCCGAGGGAGAUUAAUUGGUUCCACCCGCCGUUCCCCCUGCGGGCCUCAAUGAGAGAUAAAAGCGAGCUCUCGCCGAAGACAGCAGUCCUCUUUCAGACACACUGGAUCUGAGCCCGCCUCCACUUCCUCCUCAUCAAUAUCAUCAUAACAACAACAAUUCGAACGGCAUCGCUAGCUCCACCACGUCUGGUGGUUUGCAGGAGAUCGUGAUGAAAGAGAAAAGCAAAAACGCAGCGCGGUCGCGCCGCGUUAAGGAGAAUCAGGAGUUUUUGGAACUGGCGAAGCUACUACCACUUCCGGCCGCCAUUACUACGCAACUGGACAAGGCCAGCAUCAUCAGACUAACCACCAGUUAUCUCAAGAUGAGAGCCGUCUUUCCUCAUGGUCUCGGAGACGAGUGGGGUGCCGUACCGCCGCCCAACAAUCCCUUAGAGGCCGCCAUCAAGGAACUCGGUUCACAUCUUUUGCAAACACUGGACGGCUUUAUCUUCGUUGUGGCACCGGACGGGAAAAUUAUGUACAUAAGCGAGACAGCUAGCGUACACUUAGGUUUGUCACAGGUGGAAUUAACGGGAAACAGCAUCUACGAGUACAUUUAUCCGGAAGAUCGCAACGAGAUGGUUUCCGUGCUGAAUCUUCCGCAGAGCCCUGCGGAUCUCGCGGGCUUCACAUUCCCGCCACCGAAUUCGCGAGGUGAGAUAGAAUUGGAACGUGCCUUUCUCCUCAGAAUGAAGUGCAUCCUGGCGAAAAGGAACGCGGGUCUUGUCACGGAAGGAUACAAGGUCAUACACUGUUCCGGCUAUUUAAAAUGCAUCGUGGAGGCUCCCAUCGGCUCGGAAUAUGAGGACGGUGUUGGACGGUGCAUCCGUAACGUCGGUCUAAUGGCAGUCGGCCACUCACUGCCGACAAGUUCCAUAACCGAGAUUAAAUUGCAUCAAAACAUGUUCAUGUUUCGGGCUUCACUCGACCUGAAGCUCAUAUUCCUCGAUGCAAGAGUGGCUCAAUUAACAGGCUACGAUCCGCCAGACCUUAUCGAGAAAACGUUGUACCAUUAUGUGCACGGAUGCGACAUUCUGCAGCUGCGACACUCUCAUCAUGUUCUGUUGCGCAAAGGUCAGGCGACAACGAGGUACUACAGGUUUCUGACGAAAACCGGCGGAUGGGUGUGGAUGCAGUCGUACAUGACGAUCGUGCAUAAUUCGCGAAGCUCGCGCCCGCAUUGCAUCGUGUCCGUGAACUACGUCUUGACGGCCACCGAUUCUACGGGCCUGAUCCUGGACUGCGAGCAGAAGUCGUCCUGCUCGAGCCCGGGAAAUCCGCCGAGCGCUCCCGUGUCGACGCCCGUCACGAUUGGCGACCUGGACAAUCACAGCCCGAGCCCGCCUUCUUAUCGUAGCAGAACCAAGGAGCCACCCGAUACCGAUUACGCCGACAGUUCCGGCUAUCCCAACUCGGAGUACAUGGUGGGUUCGACCAAUCACAGCCACUACCUGUCGUCCUCGCCGUACACGCCGCACAGCAUCAAUGGUGCAGCCCACGAGGACAGCACUUACUAUCCGGACUUGUUUUACCAAUACAGUGACCCCCACCAAGACCCCGUAAACACCCUGCAGCACCAACAAGACACGCACCAUCAGCACCUUCUGCAUCACGCCACGUCCCUGACUAUUCAGCAGCACAGCCCACAGAACAACCAGCAGAAACGGCAGCAUCCUCAGCACCUGCUACAUCAGAGUGCGACCUCUUUGACGACUCUCGAGCAGCAGCAGCAGCAGCAGCAGCAGCAGCAGCAACAGCACAGUCCUCAGAGCGGCCAACAGAAGCGACCUUACUCGACAUCCUCGAGUUCCUGCGGUAGCACCGACGGUCUGGACGUGCACUUGACGAAUUCUCUGCUGCCAUCGGGAUACCAUCAUCAUCAUCACAUGCCGGCGGACUCGACGUCGUCGACGACACUGAACGAGGCUGGCGGCGUAAUCAUGUACCCGAACUGCGGUUUCAACAACAACGAGAGCUAUAACGCCGCGGCACUUCAGCACCACGACGGUUACCAGCAGGGCCACCCUCAGGUUCACCACAGCAACGGCAACGGAACGGUGAAGCAUCCCCAUCACCAUCAUAUGGAGGUCUCGUCGGCGGGCUACACCAGCGUCAUCGUCGACUCCCAGCAGUAUAGCCCCAGCACCGUGCCCCAGGAGUUGCACGCGCAUCAGACGGCGCCGGUGAGCGGCGGUACGCCGCCACUGCACCAUCAGCCCCAUUACGAGACGCAUCACCAAUUUGUUCACUGACAUCAAUUCGAGGUGCCCUGCGCGUAGCACUUCGACGCCGCUUGCGACGAUGGCGCGUGCGGGCAUCAUCAUGAUCGUCAUCAUCAUCAUCAUCAUCAACAACAGCAGCGUCAUUGCGCAACAUCAGAGUGCGUUGGAGAGCAUUACGUUGGGCAUCAUGUAAACAAUGAAUCGUACAACCCCACCGGGUCUCACGUUACCUACGUCACGCCCUACAAACGACUCUGGAAGAUGGAGGAACGGUGUGUCUCAACCUUAAAAGGUAAUUCAUAAUUGCCGCUUGCAAAGCAGCGAUAAGGUGAUAAUACUGUUACUAGCCAUUAAAUGGCACAACCACCCAAAAAUCCUUGUCUUUACAUUAGAUUUCUUCAGAUGCAUGUCGAAUUUAAUGUCGCUAUCUAUCUGCAUGCGGAAGUUCUCAAUAAAGAUUUUGCGUGAGUUCGAUAAAGAUAUAGUAAAAUAUUAUUUAAAGGAGUUUCUUUGUGUGAUACACUUAAAAAAAGAAUGUUCACGUUGAGAAAAGAACUUGUGAAAAAACCGGCGUUUCGUUUGGGAGCUGAGCUUCGAGAAACACGUAACUGAUUAUAUUUCUAUAUCGUUUUCACUCGUAUUAUCAAGUUAUCGCAGUAGAAUCUCGAUGAUAGCGACAUUGACGACUGCAGUGGCGAUAAAAGCGAACCUGUCUAAUUUCAACAUUCGAUAUCACAGCUUUAACGAAUGCUUUUGGAAUCAAAAUGCAGAAAACAAUAUACAAAAUAAAAUGACACACUGUUCUCGUUAUGUAGAAAAAUUGCUAAACGACGCAAUUGGCAAAUUCUAAUUGGUUAAUCAUGCACUGGCAUAAAAUAUUCCUUUAUUCUUGUUCUCGUUAUUUUCACGGAUAAUUCAAAUAAUUUUAAAAUCCGUGAAAGCUUGAUGGAAUAAAUUUGAUGGUAUUGUAACAUCGUUGCGAUGUGAACAAUAUAUGAACAUCAAUAAUUGCAACUUCGAAUACAAUAUAAGAAAAUAGACAUGUCAGUAAUAUAAUCGCGGAUAACGCUAACUGAGUCACCGUGAAGAAAAUUAAUGAAAAAGAAUGAAUACGGAUGAAGUUUAAGAGAUUAAUGAUUUGAAGAGGCUCAUCAAAUCCUUUGUAUGUACUUUGUAUCACAUAUCUCGAGGCGAGACAAUAAUAAAAUUCUCGAUAUUGUAAUUCAGCUCCACUUAAGCACUUCACAAUAGUGAUCGUUAGGAGCAUCGCAUAGAAAGAAGUUAGUAAUAUUUUGCACGCGCUGGACGCGAAUUUCCCAUGGAGAGUAAUUUGACGAAAAUAACGGACACGAAAUACUUAGCAAUUAAUUCGAAUGUUUAAAUUUAAAAGUCACGUAAAAAAAUUGAAAGCAGGAGAAGUAUACUGAUGAUUUAUACAAACUCUUUAGAUAUCGUAAAAGGUAUCGUGAAGUGGUAAAUGUAAUAAGAAAUCUACAUAAAGUUUAUUUAUAUUAGAAAAUAAUUCUAAAUAAAUUUGAACACAUGUACAUGUAUAUAGUAAAUUCAUAUACAUAUGUAUAUCGGAUGUGUCACAAUUCGCGCAAUGGAAAGCACAGUACAAUUCUCUGUGUCAGAAGAAGCAACAUUUCUUUUUUUUAAGUUUACCCUUUUUCUCAACCGUUAGGUUAUAUCAGCUGAUAUUUCUACAAAUUCCUUGAAAUUCAUGCUUAAUUGAACGUGGAAAUUCAACUCUAGGCGCUUAAACUUUUUCAAACGCUGAGUUUUUAAAAUUUACCUUAACGGCAAGAUAUGCAGGACGGGGAUCGAACCGAGGAUCCUACCAUAACUAAUCACUUUAUAUGUUAAGCCCGUAUCACACUACGUAUAGGCCGAAUCAGACUAGCAAUUGCUGACUCGGAUUGAUUAGG